GAAAAAAAAAAAGUAACAAUAAUAAUAAAACAAGAAAUAUAGUUGAAAAAGAAUAAUUGUGGGAAGCAAAAAAAAAAAAAAAAUCAUCCAAGAAAGCAUUUUCUCUCACUUUCUAGCUCCACUAGUCAGAGGCCAUUUCCUUGCACCUUCUUACUUCUCUUUCCUCCUUUUGUCCUUUUGUUUAAUUUAAUUUAUUUUUUUAAAUUGUUGAUUUUCGUUCCUCUUCCUCUCUCUUUCUUUACUUUGAUGACUUCUUAAUUGAUAAGAUCUUAUAUAAUUUCUUUUUACCACCACCAUCAAAUAAUUCAAGAAAUGAUGGCUUCUCCAAUUGAUGAAGGGAGAGAGAGGGACUUAGAGAAGGGAUUAAUGCCUUCGCAAAUAGUCCAAAACCCUCUUGCUGAACCAUCUCCGACACCAUCACCAUCCUCAACAUCAUCAGCUCCAGCUUUAGUAUUAUCCAACUCAGGGAAAAGGAUAGAUCAAGCAGGAAAAAAGAAGUAUGUAAAACAAGUGACUGGACGCCAUAACGAUACUGAGCUGCACUUAGCAGCUCAGCAAGGUGAUUUGGCGGCUGUGAAGCAGAUUCUUAAUGAUAUUAAUUCACAACUUGUGGGGACUUUGAGUGGGGAGGAAUUCGACGCAGAGGUUGUGGAAAUAAGGGCAUCAGUUGUGAAUGAGGUGAAUGAGUUGGGAGAGACUGCUCUUUUUACUGCUGCAGAUAAAGGGCAUCUUGAAGUGGUGAAGGAGUUGUUGAAGUAUUCGAGUAAAGAGUGCAUUACAAGGAAGAAUAGGUCAAACUUUGAUGCAUUACAUAUUGCUGCUAUGCAAGGGCACCAUGGCAUCGUCCAAGUAUUGCUGGAUCAUGAUCCGAGCCUGAGCCGAACUUAUGGUCCAUCAAAUGCAACCCCUCUUGUAUCUGCAGCUACAAGAGGGCAUACUGCAGUAGUCAAUGAAUUGUUGUCAAAGGACGGUAGCUUAUUGGAGAUUUCUAGAUCCAAUGGAAAAAAUGCAUUGCAUUUAGCUGCCCGACAGGGGCAUGUAGAUGUCGUAAAAGCAUUGCUCAGCAAGGAUCCACAGCUGGCACGAAGGACGGACAAGAAGGGACAGACUGCAUUGCAUAUGGCUGUAAAAGGGCAGAGCUGCGAGGUGGUUAAAUUGCUUCUGGAGGCAGAUGCUGCUAUUGUAAUGCUUCCAGACAAAUUUGGUUACACUGCAUUACAUGUUGCAACUAGGAAGAAGCGGGUGGAGAUAGUGAAUGAAUUGUUAUUACUUCCUGAUACAAAUGUCAAUGCACUGACUAGAGAACAUAAAACAGCUCUUGACAUUGCAGAAGAGCUUACUCUCUCAGAAGAAUCAUCAGAGAUAAAAGAGUGCCUUUGUCGCUAUGGUGCUGUUAGAGCUAAUGAACUCAACCAACCAAGGGACGAAUUGAGGAAAACUGUAACUCAAAUUAAGAAAGAUGUUCACACACAACUUGAACAAACUAGAAAGACUAACAAGAAUGUCCAUAAUAUUUCUAAGGAGCUCCGGAAACUACAUCGUGAAGGGAUCAAUAAUGCUACUAAUUCAGUGACAGUGGUCGCCGUGCUAUUUGCAACAGUUGCCUUUGCAGCUAUCUUUACUGUACCUGGUGGAGAUGAUAAUAAUGGGAUAGCAGUGGUGGUGGGUCAUGCUUCUUUCAAGAUUUUCUUUAUCUUUAAUGCUAUUGCUCUCUUUACAUCAUUGGCGGUUGUGGUGGUUCAAAUUACACUAGUUAGAGGUGAGACAAAAGCAGAAAGACGGGUGGUGGAGGUGAUCAACAAACUGAUGUGGUUGGCUUCUGUGUGUACUUCAGUUGCAUUUAUAGCAUCGUCUUAUAUUGUUGUUGGCCGGAAACACGAGUGGGCUGCUGUUUUGGUUACAGUUGUGGGGGGAGUGAUAAUGGCUGGGGUUCUUGGCACAAUGACUUAUUAUGUGGUGAAGUCAAAGAGAAUUCGCUCAAUGAGGAAGCGAGAGAAGAGUGCACGAAGGAGUGGAUCCAACUCAUGGCAACAUUCAGACUUCUCCAAUUCAGAAGUUGAUCGAAUCUAUGCCCUUUAAUGUGUGAAAUUUAUAACCUUUUGGCAAACCUUGAGAUUGUAAAGUAAACAAUUAAUGUUGAAGCAGGUGAAGGUCUUUAGCUUCAAUAAAUUUGGUACCUCUUAUAUUUA